AUGGCACCCAUGACGCCCCGGCUCAAGAUCCUCUCAGUACUCGUCAAUACAGGGACCGGUGCUCUUGCAUCGUGUCGACCGCAAUUCAGCAUGGCCGACGACAGCGAGCUAAUGAAAACCUGUGUAGUGGGAGGGAAUCCAGUUUCUGCCUUUCUAUCAUGGAGAUUACAAGCGACGAAUGCUUGCGACGUUACACUGGUGUGGAAGUCGGGAUUCGAUCACGUUGCGCAAUACGGCAUAUCCUUCAAGUCUCCCAUAUUUGGCAACGAAAGAUUUAAGCCGCGACACGUUGUACGCGUUCCCGAAGAAGCCGCACACGGCGGUGGCCCAUUUGAUUAUGUGAUCCUUUGCAUCAAGGCUCUCCCCGACGUUUACGACCUCGCCGCCGUCAUUGACGCCGUCGUCACCCCUCAACACACGUGCAUUCUCGUUAACACGACGCAUACUCUCGGUGUCGAAGCCGCUAUUGAGGAACGAUUCCCCACCAACGUUGUGCUUUCGCUGGUUUCCAAUGCCGAACUCUCCCAACUGGGCCAGAGCGAAUUCGAACACAAGGGCUCAACAGAAGUCUGGGUUGGACCCUCCUGCAAAAAUGAUAACAUUCCCGGCGCGAUCCAGAGCGAUAUGGCCGAGGCAUUGGCGAUGACGUUGAACACGGCCCAGGUCGACUGCAAAGUUUCCCAGAACAUCCGUCAGCAGCAGUAUGAGCGGGUCAUUGGACCUAUUGCUUUCCACCCCGCCAGCGUCAUUUUCGAGACAGCAAGCCACGCCCAAUUGCUUGAGAAGGUUGGUGUGAAGGAUAUGGUGACAGGCGUAAUCGACGAGCUGCUUGCUUUGGCAGACGCACACGGCUGCAAGUUAUCUCCCGACUUCAAACAAAAGACCAUUGACGAAAUGACGAAGCCCACGAACCCCGAGAGCAUCAUGUGGCAGGACUACAUCGCAAAGCGACCGAUGGAAGUUGAGACGUAUCUGGGCUCACCGAUAAAAUUGGCCAAAGAGGCUCACGUCCCUGUUCCUCGCAUCGAGUCGCUUUACGCUAUUCUGCAUAACCUUAAUAUUGUCAACCGCCAGAAACCGCCAAAGCCUAUUGAUGUAACAAUGGCACCUCCCGGCUCACCCACAUCUCAGUCACCUCUCCCGAGGAUGUCAUCAGCAAAUGGUGCCCGACCCAUGAUGAAUGGCAAUGGUAUGCCACCAAACCGGGGACCGCGCCCACGCAACUCCUCAAAUUUGGGCCCAGGACCACCGCCCGGUAUGCGUCGGCCCCCCAUGAACGGGGGCCCUCCCAACGGCUUCCCUCGUGGCCCGCCUCCUCCGGGAUCUAGGGCUGCUUCGAGACGCGGGUCCAUGGAGGGAAACGAUUUGGAGGAGUUCUCACAUCUCAUGAUGUAUGAUGAUAUUCCGGAAGGUGGAGAACCUGGUUACAGCUAUGGCCUUGAGGGUUCCGAGUUGGCUAUUCGCGAGCGUGAGAUGGAGUUGCGUCAGAGAGAGCUGGCACUGAGAGAGAGGGAGAUGCGAAUGAGAUCGAGAGGUCCUCCCCCAAGGCGAGGCCCGCACCCCAUGCGCAACAGCGCUCAGGUUUUCGACGAGGAGGAUGACGACGACGACUACUUCGACCCCAACUCUGGACCACCGGCCCCGAUGAUCGACCCCGAUAACUUUGACAUGAUGAGCGUUACGUCACGGAAGAACCGGAAGGCGGCAGCCGCAGCACCGCCCACCCGUGCUCAGUACCACAAGAACGAGAUUUACGAUGCCGGAGGAGCACCGCCCGCCAGAUCAUCCCGAUUCCGCCCCAAUUUUGGACGCAAUCGUUCCAGCCAGAUUGCUAGUAUCCCUGCUGCGAAUGAGAACAUCCUAGACGACCCCCUCUUUUCCUACUCAUCGAAUCGAUACGGUGCCGUUGACAGAGGUACGAUGCAGGCAGGCUCGAGAGCAAACUCGCUGACGGCCUCACGUCUGGACGAGAUGCAAAUGGGCGGAGGCCCCAUGGCCAUGGGCAUGAACGGAGCCUUUCCGCGACGAGCUAGCCAGUCUCCCGGAAACCCCUACAGUCCGUCGAUCCGGGGCGGCAGCGGCCGACCGUCGCCGCCCAAUGGAUAUCACGGCCCUCCGAUGAACGGUCGUCCGUCUCCUCCUGACGGUAUGCGUCAGCCGGUGCCCCGAUACCCUCCCGGCCAUGGUAACGCAGUCGCGCCACAGCAGGUUGAGCAACAUAUCGGGGUGAGCGGUCUUGUUCCUCCACCUAAACAGAAGAACAUGAGAAGUCUGACUGGUAGUGCGAGCGCCAGCGCGGGCAGUGGUGAAUCACAGAAUGACACCGAGCCUUCAGCCCACAGCAGCCAAAGCAGUCUCGGGCCGAGACCGGCUAUAGGAGUCCGGUAA